GAAUGGAACCGUGUUGCUUGUGGGAAACAAAUAUUAUGUUACGGAAUCUUUUCAGAAAUAAACCACAGCAAGUGAAAGCUGAUUUAAGAACUCCACGAUGGGAGGCAAGCUGAGCAAGAAGAAGAAGGGGUACAAUGUGAACGAUGAGAAGGCCAAGGACAAAGACAAGAAGGCCGAGGGAGCAGGGACCGAAGAGGAGGGAACCCCGAAGGAGAAUGAGACCCAGGCGGCCGCGGAGACCACAGAGGUGAAGGAGGGCAAGGAGGAGAAGCCAGACAAGGAUGGCCAGGACGCGGCCGGCAAGCCCGAAGACAAGGAAGGCGACAAAGACACGGCGACCAAGGAAGACGCCCCGAAGGCAGAGCCUGAGCAGACGGAGGCACCGGCCGAGGGCAAGGCCGAGCCCCCGAAGGCCUCCGAGCCGGAGCCUGCUGCUGCUGCGGCCGGCGACGCGCCCAAGGCUGCGGAGCCCGAGGCCCCCGCCGAGGCCAAGGCCGACGACAAGGGCAAGGAGGCCGGGGAACCCACAAAGACUGAGGCUCCCGCAGCUCCUGCAGCGCAGGAGACGAAAAGUGACGGGGCCCCGGCUUCAGACUCAAAACCCAGCAGCACUGAGGCUGCGCCAUCGUCCAAGGAGAGCCCCGCAGCCACGGAAGCACCCAGUUCCACGGCCAAGGCCCAGGCCCCCGCGGCCCCCGCGGACGAGGUCAAGGCGGCCGAGGCGCCCGCCAGCUCCGAGCAAACCGUAGCAGUCAAGGAGUAACACGGACAGCCUAUGGAAACCGAGUCCACUUCCACCGCCUGUCUUUCUCUCUCUCUCUGUGUCUCUCUCUCUCUCUGUCUCUCUCUCUCUCUCUCCUAUACUAACUCGUUUCAAAUCCGAAGUAAUGAUAUGUAUUGCCCAAGACUAAAAAAAAUAAAAAAGGAUGUUGUCCCAUCGAGGGAGGGAGGGGGUGGGGAGAAUCCAAAUAGUAUUUUUGUGGGGAAAUAUCUAAUAUACCUUCAGUCAACUUUACCAAUCAGUCCUGGAUUUUAAAGAUCAAUGUCUGAAAGUACAGUACAGUUUUUGUGCCUGAACUGCUGUUACCUGCACUCCGCCGCUAAGAUCCGAAUAUCUUGUCUUCUGCAAGGGGGUUGGGAGUGAUGCGUUUGAUUCUGCCCACAGGGCCUCUGCCAAGGCAAUCAGAUCUUUCUGAAAGCAGUAUUUUCUGUGUUUUCUUUUUGAUUUACAGCUUUUCUUAUUUUGAUAUUUUUUUAAUGUUGCGGAUGAAUGCCAACUUUCAGACAGCCCACUUAGCCUGUCCACAUGUAUCUGGAUGCCAAGACUCCAUUCUUCCUCCCCAGGUAUUUUUGGGAGUAACAAGCAUUCUCUCAUCCUACUUAGCCUCCCUAGAUUUCUCAUGACGAGUUAAUGCAUGUCCGUGGUUGGGUGCACCCGUAGUUCUGUUUAUUGGUCAGUGGAAAUGAAAAAAAAAAAAAAAGUCUGCGUUCAUUGCAGUUCUGGCUUCUCUUCCAUUCUGUGUCACAGACGCCAACA